AAGGCGGAUUUCGCUCGCACGAUGACGUCACUGAAGAGAUCGCGCGAGGGAGUGAAAUAGCUCUUCUCUCAUCCGCGCUGCGCAGACGUGACCUUACCUCUUCAUAAUUUUGGGCGUAGCUCAACGUUGCAGUCGCAAAAAUGGAACGCUGUUGCUGUUGCUGCAAUCUUAGACAAGGAUCGUGGGCCAGUUCAAUUCUGACACUGGUCAUUGGUAUCCUCUCUUUGGCAUGGUACAUAUACGAGGCGGUCGCAGUUAGUGAGAGAGACCGACAAGGGGCAGGCUCAUACUUCGGUGUGAACACAGGUGGAGGAUGGGCCUUCUACCUGGGGAUCAUCUUUGCCGCCUUCAUAGUCGUGGCAUCUGUGCUGCUCAUGAUCGGCAUCUCUAAGAAUAACCGGGUGUGGUUCUGGCCCUGGUUUGUGGCCACGUUAGCGCUGUGUGUCUUCGAACUCAUCGCGAUCAUCUUCUAUAUCAUAGUUGCAAUCGACGCUCCUGGCUACUGGCUUAGCGUUGUCAUUGGGUUACUUAUUCUUGCGUUAUUCAUUUACGCUCUAGUAGGAGUGAUCUAUUUCUACAAACAGCUAGGAAACACCAUGCGUUCGUAAUUUUGAAAGAAUUCUGCGCAUGCGUUGUAAACCGUUUCUACUUAGCAGGACAAAUAUUAUUCAAUCUGGGCCUCCAGCAGCUUGGGCUGUGUAGUAGAUAUCUAGGCAGCGUUGAUUUUUUUUUCUUUUUUUUGUGUGUAUGUUGAACGUCUAUGUACUUUGGAAAUAAAUGUCAAGCUAUCAAGAUCAGGAUUUGACUUUGUUUAAAGAUAAGAAUAGGAUUUGCUGGUUUAUAUAGUUGCGCUUAGGUAUUUUACUGUGUUUAAAAUUAAAAAAUGAGGUAAUCAGAACUUAUCGUUAAUUUAUCAAAAUAAAAAACUGAAUUAUUCUAAUGUAGCCGACUGUUAUCCACCCAUUUAGGCCUAUGUAAUGAAGUCACUUUUGACGCACCAUGACGUCAUGCCAGGACAAAAUGCGAUUGAUAUAUACAGAUAUUGUUUGCUUGGAAAGGCUUGAAUUUACAAUGUUUUCAUCAUUUCGUUUAUGCGUAAGAAAACUGAUUUAACGACCGUAGAAACAUUUUGCCGGACGCAGUGCAAACAUAAAACAAAAUAUUUUUUUUCUAAUUCAAUUCGGACUCGGUCCUAGAUUAUUUAAAACCCAGAUUUUAGCUGAUUUUCGUCUAAAACGGAGCGCAAUAAGACCAAAUGUAUUGACCACGUGAACCCCGUUAAACCAAAGUUGGUCAGAAUCCAAGCUUGGUGCGUCUUCGCUGAAGGCUAGAUGUGUUUUCUCUAAAUUUAGAGCAGGGUAAAGAUACUGCAUUUCCUGGUUUAUGUCUGGUUCACGUUAACCCCAUAUCACUAAGUAUAUAUUUGUAAAAGCAACAGCAUACUAUAUCACCUGUUCAUGAAGUUUUUAGUAUUUUUUUACAAAGUUCACUUUUACAAAGUUUUAAUUCUCACAUUUCAAAGAAGGGUUUACAUGUCAUUUUUGUAUUCUACUCUGCAAUAUAACGUGUAUCCAUUUCAGCUAAUUUUGUAACGACUUUUGUAUGCUGAUAUUGUACAAUAAACAGUCUUGCUUCGAAA